CAAACAAUCCACUGGCUGGGUAGGAGGUCCUGCGAAGCUCCUGCUGGCCUCGUGUGCUUCUAUAAUUUUUCUCUUUGAAUUUUAUUUCCGAAACUCGCAGAAAUAAAAUCGUUUAGAGGAAUAUGUGUCUUUAAUCGAGAGAAAAGGAAAAUCUUACCGUGUUCAUGAAUUGCCUAUCAUGAGGCUGAUGGUGGUGAGGACAGAGCCAAGACGCAGACGAAGGACUGAGGGCGCGCACGAUGCCCCUGAGACGCGCCUACAGGAACAGCUGAUCCUCCGGGAAACGAAUAGACGACGCCCAGUGUCCUCCUCGAAGUCUCCCCUCCUCCAGUAAUGGCGUCGGUCGUGCUCGAGCCUGUCGGGGAGAGGGUCAUGUCCCCCCUGCCCCCUGCCACCAUCGACGACGACCCCCCCGCCCCUUCGUGCCUCGCCCCGCUCCCCGACGACGAGGACGACGACGACGACGGCGACGGGCGGGCCAAGGGCGACGGCGAGCUCGACGCCCCGGACACGUGCGUGCUCACCUCCACCAUCAAGGAGGUGGAGAAGCGGGCGCGGGCGGGGCUCGGCCACCUCUCCGACUUCGACAGCGACGUCGACCUCCUGAGCGUGAUGAAGAAGAAGAAGGAGCCGCCGCCGCCGCCCGAGGACGAGAUGUUCGACGGCGAGGAGUGCGAGAGCACCGAGGACGAGGAGUUCACCGUGCACUUCGCCCACACCGGCAGGAAGACGUCGCCAGAGAUGACGCCUCAACCAGAACUACUAACGCAAAUUUCGGAGCUCCAGGAGGCGGUGGUGAGCAUGAAGGGCACGCUGACGGAGGCCGUGGCGCGUCUCAGCUCGGUGGUGGAGGACCCGUCGAUGACCCGGGAGGUGCAGGAGACCAGGCAGCGGUGUGACGACAACACGGCUGAAGUCCUGAAGUUGGUGUUGUCGCUGAAGUCCGACAUCACGACCUUGCAGCUCACACUAUCUCACUCUUUACAGGAUUCUCUCCCAGACCAACCGUCUCUGCUGGUCCCGCCUUCGGUCUACGAUUACGUGGCCGGACUUCGGUCUCACGGUCUCCACGCCGCCUCCUCACACCCUUCCACGCCCCAGGCCGACGCUACUAAUAACAGGCAAAACGUGAGCGUGGCCGUGGGCGGAGACAGCGAGGACCUCGGCCUAGUCUACGACUCGGACUCGUCCCUCACCAUCGCCGCCAACAAGACCAUCAGCCUCAGCGCGUCCCUCAGUCAGCAGUGCGGCCUGGAGCUCCGGACGGCCCACACCGGCCCCCCGACGCACCACCACCAUGGCCACCCGGGGAGCACCGACCACGAGCAUCAUCACCAUCACCGCCUCCGUCAGGCGAGUCAUGACAGGAGCCACCUGCGCUCAGAUUCCGACGGCUCGGACCAGUCGCGCGACGCCAAGCACAGGCAUCGGCGGCGUUCGUCGCAUGACCGCGAGCGGGAGAGCAGCGACCCUUACGGCGUGGUAGGAAACCGCGGACUCUCGUCCUUCGCGGACAGCCGGGAUCCUCGAGAAAGCCAGCGAUACAGAGUGGCUCGGGAACUGCUCGACACGGAGAAGAAAUACUGCAAGACUCUGUGGACGAUACAAGACACGUUCGCCGAGCCUCUGAAGAAGGCGGGGAUUUUGUCUCAUAAGGAUAUCACCACUCUGUUCCCGGAAGAGGUGUACCAGCUGUACGACAAACACUGCCUCCUGCAACACCAGCUGCGGGAGCGUCUGGCCUCUUGGAAGUGGCAGCCGCUGGUGGGGGACGUCGUGGCCCGCUUCACCGACCCGAGGCACACCGACGUCCUGCGACUCUACACCGCCUACGUCAACGACUUCCCGGAGGUCCUCAAGACGUUCCACAAGCUGUGUCGCACGUCGCAGCCUUUCACCAAGUUCAUUAAGUCCUGUCUAGAGCAGCCAGCAUGCGGCGGGCUGGACCUGGGCGCCUUCCUGCUGACGCCCGUGCAGCGCGUCCCUCGGUACAUCCUCCUGAUGAAGCAGCUCCUGAAGUACACGGAGCCGCAGCACCCGGACUACCAGCACCUGCACGCCUGCCUGGAGCGCCUGAGGGACUUCCUGGCGCGCCUCAACGACUCCAUGGAACACUCCUUCCAGCUGGUGCACGCCCAGCUCUCCCCCCACGGCACCGUCCCCGGGCCCUCGCACCACCACCCCCCUCCCCCGCAGCCUCCCACGUCGCAUCACAGGCCGGGCCGCUCGCCUCGACGCUCCAGCUCGUCCAUAGGCAGCCCGCCCGUGAGCCCCGGGUCGCCCGCCUACAGCCCGGACCGGGUGAGUUUGGCCUGCAGUCCUCACAGGUCGCCGGAGGAUCGACGUCGCUCUCCCGGGAGUUCAACAAGCCUCGCCACUCCACAGCGGUCCCACAGCAUCGCCACGCAGCCCCCCUGCCGUCCGCGCUCGGUGUUCCUUGACAACAGGUCUUCGUCGCUGCCCCGAGGCUCCGCCAGCUCCAGCAGCGGGUCGAGGGGCAGCGCCGCCUCGCCCAGCUCGGACGCGCCCCGGACGAGGUCCCGGAGCGAGAGUGUAGCUUCUCGGCGCCCGCUGCCAUCCACACAUACCCACACGCCCCUGCAGUCUCUAGUCACCCAGGAAGGGCCUCGCACACUGGCGCCCGCGCACUCCGUGGUGGACGUGACGGCGUCGCUUAGUCCCCCCCGCGACGCCCGCUGGGAGGAGCUGGCCGCCAGCGAGCCCUCCCUCUUAGACCCUCGGCCCUCGCAGGAGACGUCCAGGACCGCCGCUAACUCGUCGCUGUCCGCUGCACACAGCGUGGCCAGUGUGGACGGCCAGCAGAAGGUCAGCACGCCUGUGUGGACAGAGUCGUCCCACUCGGAUGACCCGCGGAGCAAGAAAAAGUCAUCCAUCCGCACGUCUCUCAAGAACAUGUUCACCUUCAAGAAGAGCCGGGUGCCUCGAGCCUUUCACCACCACCACCACCACCACCACAGCUACCACCACCACCACCUGCAGCCACUCAGGGGGGCCUCCCGUGGGCGUGAUGAGGGGGGAGAGUACUGGGAAGCUCCGCCCAUAGACUCGUCCCCAAGUGCCACCCAGUCGCCCACGCUCACGGUCGUCUCCGUCGCCCAGCCCACGACCCUCACCGUUGUGCCUGCGUCCGCCCAGCCGCCCACGCUGUCUAUGGUGGGCGAUUUCGUGGACGAGGAGGGCAACCCGUGCUCCAACGUGUGAUUUUUCCGUGUGGGGGCGGUUCUUCAUGAUUUGAUUAUACGUGUGUUAUAUUACAUUGUAUAUAUGUAUGUAUGGAUGUGUUUGUAUGUAUGUAGUUACAUACGCACGUGAGUAAUAUUUAUGUAUAUGGUCUUGUUAGCCCUUUAAUCCCGUCUUUCAUGUAUAUUGAUCUGUAUGAAAAAACAAACAUCUAAACACAUGUAUAAUUACUAUAGUAUAUGAGUAAAAUAUACUCCAAACAUUACAGUUAUAAGUGAGCAAAAGACGUAUUAAAACAUGAUAAACGGAAAAAAAACAAAGGAAAAAAAUAUAUAUCACAUUGCUUUUCCUGGUUAGCGAUGUGUUUUCCAUAUACACAAAGGUGCAAAAGGACACGUUUUUAGCAAGGAAGUAACCGGUGGCUGUUGAACAAAAGUGAAAAAAAGACUAAGUUAUGAGGAAAUUGUGAGUGUGAGCGAUUUCUCGAACAGUGAUUGCUGAACUAUGAGGAAGCUGCAGUUUUUUCGAGUGAUAACUUUCUUAGGUAUAUUUAUAUAUUUUUUUUGGAGGAGAGAGUUACUCGUUCAUUGACGUUUUCUGGUUCUUUUGAAAACAUGAUAUUGACAAGAAAAAAAUAAAUAAGUCAAAGAAACAAUAUAAGUAUGGGAAAAAAAAUAUAAUAUGUGUAAAAAUGAAGUCUUCUAAACUCAUCCACAUACAUCUUUUUACAUUUUAAAAUAGUCCAUAAAAUGACGAAAAUGAAGAAAGCAAGAA